UCGGCAACCUCAAAAAAAAAAAAAAAACUGUUUUUAAAGUGAAACGAAUUACAGCGUGCUAUUAUUUCCGACCGACCACCCUCUUUAAAGUUCAUUCAUACACUGGUGGAAUGGAAUCAUGGAUUCCAUUAGUGAACAUUUUCAUGAACUCACCUUCCCCUGAAACAACACCAGCAGCAUUACGCUUCCUUCUUCAAUCUCCAAACAUUUCCACUUCCUCUUUCCUCUCUCUCCUCAUCAAACCCACCAAUUCUUCCAGGUUUAUAUGGCUGCAAACAUUACCCAAUGUAGUUCAAGCUAGAAUUCUAUCAUUUCUUGUUUACCAUCAUGACAAAUUCAAUAAACAAGAUUUAUCUAAACUUGCAACACAUUUGUUGUCUGACGAUAAUAAUAACAAAGUAAAGAUUGAUUUUUGGGUCAAGAAAGCCGCCCGCCAACUGUUUGAUCUUGUGUCUGACUCAAAUUACAAAUGGGUUUCUUGUUUUAAUCUUGAUUCUCAAGAAGAUAAUGUUGAUAAUGGUAAGUUUGAUGAGGAUAUUAUUGGUGGGGUUUUACCUGACUGGCUUAAGAAUGCUGCUGCUAGUAAUGAAAAUGAUUCCGUUUUUCCUUGGACUCCGGUUUCUGUUGAUGACGUGUUGAAUACGAGAAUGCCGGAUGUUUUGUUUGAAGAAGAUGAUGAUGGUGGUGAUGAUGAUGAUGAAUUGAUGGUGGAAGUUGAAGACGGUGAAGAAGACGGGAACCGUGAAUUGGCUGGCGUUGAUGUUGAAAUGGUUCAUUUAGACCGUGAAACAGAGGAAAAGGCCGAGUUUUUGAAGAUGAAGAUACUGAACUUGGGGUCGAAUUUAAAAGCUGCAGAGUUAGUGGAUGAUAUUCGGAAACUAUGUGUUGAAGAAAAGGGAAAUUCUUUGAAAGUAUUGGGAUUGAUUGAAAUAUGGAAUGCAGAUGAUGAAAUCGUUCCAAUUAUGCUGUCUGGUCUUUCGGAUGGAAACGAAGAAGACUUUGUGUUGGCAAGUGAUGUCGUAUGCUCGGUUGUGCUUCCAAAGUUUUUGAAUCUUGAAAAAUCAGCUUCUCGUGUGCUAGUAUCUGCAACGAUCGACUACUGUAGGGUGCAUCAUAAGGCUGCUGUGUAUGCACUUUUAUUUCCGCUAAUCCUUCACAAAGAUGGCAUCAACAGCUCCAUAUGUGAUGUGAUCACAAGGAUUGUUAAAGAAUGUUUGCACCCUGCUCACGUUUCUGCCUUCUGUCAAAAGCUACUUUGUGAAGAAAAAGUAUAUGGAAAAGGAUAUAUAUGCCUGCCGUGCCAUCAGCAUUUGGUUUCAAAAGAACUGGUAUGGACUGAAUCGUUGUUUAAUAUGUUCCAGAAUAUCUUGAAUCAUAAUGUUCAUUUGACUCAAGAUUCUGUUGAUCGGCUUGUUUUCCAUAUACAAGAAUCUGCUACGAUGUUUUCAAAGUCUUUGAAGUUUGCAAAUUUCUUGUUAUGUUUCAUUACCAAGUGUGCUCCUUUGUUAAAGAUUCAUAAGGUGGAACUGUCUGAAGCUGUGGGGAACACAACCAGUUUUUUGACAAAAUCGAUAUUAUCAAAACUGGCUAGUAUUUAAAGCUUAUUUCAGUUAUGAAUAUGUUUGGUGAUCCUUCUCUGUUAUCUACUGACUUGGUAUGACCUAUUGAGGCUAGAAGUUCAACAAAUGUAAUGGGUAUGAUUUCUGUGAAUUUCAACAAAGAAUUCUUUAAAUGCCCUGUGAGGUUCUGCAUAUUAAAAUUGA